AAACAGCAAAGGAGAGAGAGCGACCGAGAGCAAGUUCUGACCCGCAGAGGAAAAGCGAAGCGAGAGACAGAUAUGCGGGUCAGCUUUCGGACGUCCCGUUAAAGAUUAGAGCACAGAGACCACACAGUACGGAAUUGCCAGGACUCACUUCAAUUCUAGGACCGGGGGUGUUACAUCAACAUUCAAGGGCACGGUGCAGAAAGCGUCUAAAGGGAGGGGAAAAUGCAGGAAUUCCAGCCACGUUUUGGAAGAACCUGUUUGUUGGUCUAAGCCGUUGGAGCACAGCCCUUUUCUCUAGGAGAUGAAGUUUCACCUAGAAGCAGAAAUUUCAGAGUUAGGUCAUGGUGACAACAUCAGAGGCAGCAAAUAGGCACAGCACAAGACUGGAGGAGUUGGUGGUGAGUUUUGGUUCCCAGUGGUUUCCGGAUCAUCGAGGCGGUCCUAGCGCUGACUCAUGGCUGCUGCAGUAGAGGUGACCAGAACUGCAUACGGUACUCGAGAAAAGGCCUCAUCAAUGUCCUAUGCAACCUCAAUAUGACAUCGCAUCUACUAUGCUGAGGGGUCUGAGCAAUGAAGUAAAUGCCUUAAAACAUAAAAUCUUGUGCCAUCUUUCCUGCUACUGACUGGAAGUUUGAUUGAAGGUUAUUGGUUUUUGUUAUGAUCCCCGAAGUAAAGUUAAUGCGCAGACAAGAAUUGGAAUAAAACACUGAACAAACACACAGAGAUGAGGUUACAUCGCUAAAAGGAAUCUCACUGAAAGCAUCUAUUCUGGGUUGGAGAUGUCCGCAGUCGCAGGGAAAGUGUUGGUUCAAGUUGAAUUUGACUAUGAGUACAAAAGGGAUGGGAGACUCAUCUCUAUUAAGCAAAAUGAGCGAUAUAUUCUUGUCUCAAGAACCAAUGACAAUUGGUGGUAUGUUAGAAAGGAUUCCCAUUCCAAAGCAUUCUAUCUGCCAGCACAAUAUGUGAGGGAAUUGCCUCCAGAAGCUCCGGCCUCUUCUGGGGUUCAGUCCCUGAAUGGAUCUGACUGUAUUAAAAACCAAAAUGGAUGCAAGGCAAUGGAUCCAGCAGGUGUAAUAAAAAACUGUUGUGAAAUUGGGGAAAAUCAGCUGCUUCACCAAGACCAACCAGGGGAGGAUAACUGCAGUUCUGAUCUAAUCCAGGAGAAAAAAAAACAGAUCAACUCGAGUCCUGCUAAAGACAAGGAUCUUCCACUCAAUCCACUAGACAACAAUAGCCCUCCAACAGUGUGUGUCUCAGCAAACUCUGCACCAAGUUCGACUGUGUCACCUCAUUUGCUCCCAUGUUACAGUGAAGUACACAGACCUGUUGUGAACAACAAAGAAUCCAAGAAUCCAAAGUUUGCCUCUGCAAAAGCAUUGAAAUGGCAAAGCUCCACAGUCAGGGUCCGUCCCAAACAGCAAGCUAAUGACACCCAAAGGUUUAGCCUGGUAGGAACCUUCAGUCCAGCCCAGUUGGCUUUCAAUCCACAGAACCUAGAUUUCAACCUCAGACUCGGUGUGGGAAAAGACAUUGAUCGAUCAGAACAGGUCAAUCCAUGCCAAAGUUCCACAUUUAGCCAUGAGAUCAGUUCCAAAAAAUAUUCUUCAACAGAGACCAUUGCCACGACAUUGGAAUGCCCGAGAACUGCAGAGCGAAAGGAUGUAAUGAACUCCAAGUCCUUACCACAAACACCAGAACAAGAUUCUGAAAAUGUUUAUGAAUCGAUUCCAGACUUCCCAAAAUCAAAGUCUAAAGCACAGAAAGGAAAAGCCCAUGGCUCACCAAAGGCAUUUGAAGCUAAAUCGGAGGCAGUGUAUCAGAAUGUGGAAGAGCUGAGGCAGGAGCUCGCACAGGAACCGUCAGGUCUCAGCGAUAACUCGACCAGUCACCAAGAAGAAUGGGAAACGCAUAUUGACCAGGCAACUGGACAGCCCUUCUACUAUAACGUGGUGACUGGAGAGACUACCUGGGACUCCCCGUUCGAUAGUAUAGAUAGGAAGGAACCACAAACUCCACGAUCCCGCACUUCCAGUACAAACAAUCCCUUUGUGGAAUGGGAAUCGCAUCUUGAUGAAAUUAGUGGUCAGCCCUAUUACUACAAUCCUGUAACUGGAGAGACCACGUGGGAACGACCGGAACAAAAGGAGGAAGAUACGACAGACCGCAUGGAUAACCUCCGGGACCAGAGGCCUCCCACUCCAGAAGAGGAUUACCCAGAAUUUGUUGAGGACAGCCCUCCCGGUCACUUUGGGCCGUACUUGGGUCAUCGGCGACAGCCAUCAGCCUGGUCACAGGAUGAGUACAGCGAGCCACAGUCACCAGUAGACUCACCAUUAUACCAACCGAUAGAACCACAGGUUCCCCCAGGUUGGUCCUUUGAGCUGGACCAAAAUGGACAGAUGUUUUAUACCAGUGAAGUUACGCAAGAAAAAUGGAUAAGGCAUGUCGACAGCAAUGGCAAGUUCUAUUAUUAUAAUCCAGAAGGUGCCAAAUCUGAGUGGGAACUUCCUCAGUAUGGAACUCCCUCCAGUCAACUUAAUGCGGGGAAUGGAGUGGACCAAGAAGGGAAUCUUGUUUUCUCAAACUGGCGCCAAGGCCUCGCACCGAAACCAGUGCUAUCAGUGCGUUACAAUACAGAGGAGAAGGGACCAAUAGUUAUGCACAGGCGAAAUGCGUCUGAUUACAGUGCUGAACUAGCACUUGGGAAUCGUGCCGAUAUCCUGCUUCCACACUCUCAAUCAUUGGACAAAGCUGGAAUUCUAAACAAAGCCAAGGUGGCAGAUAAUGGCAAGCGUAUGAGGAAGAACUGGGCAUCCUCAUGGACUGUGCUACAGGGUGGAAUUCUGACCUUUUAUAAAGAUCCCAAGAAUCAGUCUGCAGGCACCUUGAAACAAGGUGCUGGCCAAUUUGUGUCUGAACAUACAGUUGAACUGAAAGGAGCGAGUAUCGGCUGGGCAGCAAAGGACAAAUCGAGCAAAAAGAAUGUCUUAGAGCUAAAAACCCGAAGGGGAUCAGAGUACCUCCUACAGUACGACACAGAGUCUGUAAUCGGGGACUGGUUUAAGAUAAUCAAUGAAAGUAUCCAUCGACAGGUGGAUACUUUCAGCACAGAUGAAGUUGAUGCUGAUGUAGCUGGACCUGAGAAACACAACAGCAAAGAUAAGGAUGAGAAGAGGAUUCGUGGGGCUCCCAGAAAUUCCUCAGUCAACAGCGCUGAAAGUGCAGAUCACAAGAAAGUCAAGAUCAAAUUGAAAAGAUUCUUGCUGCGGAGGCCAACACUGCAAAGUGUGAGGGAAAAGGGUUAUAUACAAGAUCAAGUAUUUGGUUGCUGUUUGGCGGACCUGUGCCAGCGGGAGAAUACCACAGUGCCACGUUUUGUGAUGCAGUGCAUUCAAGCUGUAGAGAAACGAGGUUUGGACAUUGAUGGCUUGUACCGAGUCAGUGGGAACCUGGCGCUCAUACAGAAGCUACGUUUCAAAGUCAAUCAUGAUGAAAAUGUGAACUUGGAGGAAGGCCCAUGGGAUGAUGUCCAUGUUAUCACUGGGGCCUUGAAACUCUUCUUCCGAGAACUGUCUGAGCCACUUUUCCCAUUCAAUUACUUUGAGAGUUUUAUCAACGCAAUGAAGUUGGGAGAUCCUGGACAGCGUUUGACAUACAUCAAAGAUUUAAUCCAUUCGCUCCCUGUGUCCAACCAUGAUACCAUGCAAGUUCUCUUCAAACAUCUGUGCAAUGUGAUAGCCUACCGCAAUCAGAAUCGAAUGAGUUCUCAGAGUAUGGCGAUUGUGUUUGGCCCCACCCUCCUGAGACCAGAGACAGAAACAGGAAACAUCGCAGUCCACAUGGUCUACCAGAACCAGAUUGUAGAGUUCAUUCUUAAUCAGUACCAACACCUUUUCAGCGAAAGCCGGGAGUUGACGGUUUUCAGAUGAGCAACACAGGACUGGUGUAUGUGUGUGUGUGUGUGUGUGUGUGUGUUUGUGUUGUAUGUGAGAGUGCAUUCCUAGAGUAAUAAGGAGCUAGAGGUGUCUGCAUGCAUUUAACCCAGCAGACAUGGUUUUAUUGCAAAAAAGAGGAAAGGCUGUAUCUCAGGACAUGAUCCGACUUAACUUCACAUUUAUAGUUGGAGAAGCAUUAUUCCAACUGGGUCAUAUUGUUGGUGGACAAUAUCUUGAGCCCUGAGGCACAGUAUGAGUGAGCCUUCCCAUCUGAUCGACAAAUUCGCUUUGCUGCUGUGCAUGUGGUUUUUGUUUUCAAUAUUCUGAGGUCCUUGUAUCUGGACCCAGAAGAGGUGACAUGCUUAUUUCAACUUGCACCUGGAAGCAAUUUCUGGAGGAUAUCUUUCUGGCUGCUGCUUUCACUGUGUAGUUCAUGGUAGCCCUUGGGAUUCUGCCCAGCAGGAUUGUUUUGUAAUGAAUCAGCACACAGCACUUUAAAGGGUGCUUCCCUCUCUCGAUUCUGAGGCAUUUUUACAUGUGAUCUGACAUCAGUAAUAAGAACUGGAUCUAACUCCCCAAGGUAUUGGAUGUUCACGUUUAUCUAUUGCUAUUUAUUGACUUUGUUUAUAAUAAUUAAAUGUGCAGUUUGUAAAAGCAUAUUGAAUUGGGAAAAUUGUAACACUGGAGAUUAUAUCACACAUGAGUAACAGAAACCUGUGGGACAGUCAUAAUGGAAAUGAUUUACCAAGGCUGUUAGGUCAGAUAGUCAGACAAGCUAAGGUUAAACUGCUGGAGCUGGACUGAAUAUACCAUCUUCUUACAGCAAUGUAAUAGUGUAGUUUUCUCCAACGCUUAAAAGAAACUGUUUUGCUCAGAAAGGGCAUUCUGACUAUGGGCAAAAUGUGAAAUUGUGGUAGGUAGUAUGAAGUGGAGCUUAUGGAAGUUAGAAUGAGCAUUCUGAUAGUUAUGAAGAGUUAUCUUGUUGUGUAGUUUAUUUAAUGCAUAACUCCUGAUAUUGUCAGACUACUCGAUCAUCAAGGUAUUUUUUUCCAGCUUAGAAACCUAGAUAAAAGGCCCAUUGUUCAGGAUACCAAUAAAGUUUGAGAAGAGUAGGAGGUCGAAUGAGGUAAAUGACGUAGUGGUCAGACAAUGCCAGAUCUGUGCUUUAAAAUGAUACAUUACAGGAAAGGAAAGAGUCAGGAGUACGGAAUUGUUGCUUUCCAAGAAAAGAAUUUCCCUUGUGGAGAAAUCUAAAAUGAGAGUGGAGAUGAGCAAGAAUUACUUUCCCUAAAGUGUUGAGUUUGUGGAAUUCAUCAGCCCAAAGCGCGGUGGAUGCUGGGACACUGGAUGCAUUUAAAGAAGAGACAGAACAUUACAGCACGGUACAGGCCCUUCGGCCCUCGAUGUUGUGCCGACCUGUCAUACCGAUCUCAAGCCCAUCUAACCUACACUAUUCCAUGUACGUCCAUUUGCUUAUCCAACGACGACUUAAAUAUACCUAAAGUUGGCGAAUCUACUACCGUUGCAGGCAAAGCGUUCCAUUCCCUUACUACUCUCUGAGUAAAGAAACUACUUCUGACAUCUGUCCUAUAUCUUUCACCCCUCAAUUUAAAGCUGUGCAGAUCGUGUAAUUCUGGGCCCCCUCGGUUCCGUAUCUUUUACCUCAGUGUUUGGCUGUUUUUCAGGUGCUGGGGUUUGUUCUGGUUCUGGUUUGUUCUGGGGCUGUGGGCUGGUUGUAGGGAGGUGGCAAACAUGUUAGGGGAUCCUACUGUGGUUUCUCUUGUUCGUCCUUUCCCUGCCCUCCCCCUGAUCUUUCUGUAGUCAUAGGAUAUAGUCCUACCUUCGCACCACCUAUCCAACAAGCCACAUAGUCUGACUCUUGUUGACUGGUUCUUUCCGAUUGACAUAUAUAUUUAAUUCUUGACACAACCAAUCCUCAUCGGACCCAUAUUUGGGCCAAAAAAUAUUAGGUACCUUAAUGCUUUCUCUAGACCAAACAAAACAACAAUAAUUUAUCACUGUAGUCUUAUCUUUCUCCCGCGUCCGGGAGCUGUAUUCUCAACUGCCCAACAUUCUCCCCAAAGGGCUGUCAGGUGGAAUAUAUUCCACUUUGACAUUAUUUGCAGAUCGAUCGCUACUCAGGCAACUCCCCUUGCCUCCCAUUAUGCUAAUUUAAUUAAUCUUGUCGAGAUUCGGUGGCGCCUUCUUCCACACCCGCUUCAGGGUCCUAACCCUCGCGUGGGGGAUUUCCCCUCUUAACAACCGGUCUAAGGCUGGGUGCUAGAAUCAGGCAGACACCUUACUUGUCCAAUUAAUCAGGCCAAUUAUAUACUUGUUAUAUUUCGCCAAUUCUCCGUACGUCCCGACCACCGAGGCAAUACUUAAAGGUCAGUUUUCUUACGAUAUAACUUUAAUUGGUAACAGUUAAAGGAUUAUGAGGAGCGUGUAGGAAAGUGAAAUUGAGGGCAAGAUGAGAUCAGCCACGAUCGUAUCAAAUGGUGGAGCAGGCUCGAGGGGCUGAUUUGCUAAGUCUUGCUCUUAGUUCCUUUGUAAGAACUAUUGAAAUACAAGGCAGGCUGGAAUGAUGGCUGACUUUUGGAGAGUUACGAGACAUUAAAUGUGGAAUAGUUGUGCCCAGAGGGCAGGAGCAUCAGUAACCAGAAGACGCAGAUUUCAGAUUAUCAGCAUAAGAUGCAGGGGGUAGAUGACAGGCAACAAUUUUUUUUUCAUUUCAGUACGUUGUGAUCUGGAGAAGGCAGUUGAAUCAGAGUCAGUAAUGACUUAAAAUGAGCAAAUGGAGAUAUACUCAAAUAUCUGUGGAAUGAACAACAUAGUGAGGCUAGGUGGAUAGCUCUGUCAAAAAGCCAGAAUAAGUCCAGUAGGGCUGAAUGACUUGUUUCUAUGUUGCAAGAGUGAGCAAUUCCCUGCAAAGUGUGGGUUAAGCUCAAUGUUACUAGAAAUAACGGGAUGGAAAGCAUUGUGGGCAUUUGUAUAAACUACAGGAAAUGUUGCAGUACAGUAGCUGCAGCAGCAAUGUGACAUUCACAACAGUGUGAUCCAUCCAGAUACAUCAGCGUUUAUAAACUGCCCUAGCAGUCUUAAUUCAGAUCCAUUGAUGUGUCAGAUUCACUCUAUAUUUGUUUUAAAAAAAAGUCUGUGUUUGAGAAGAGAUAACAUGGUGUUGAGCUGGAUGAACACAGCAGGCCAAGCAGCGUCAG